AUGAACCAUUAUCUUCCUUCAGUCAACACCUUGCUGUUGGUGGGGAGGGUUUCCUCCCAGAGCCCCACACCUGCGCCCACAUCUGUGGCCACACCUGCGGGCACAGGUGCUGGCACACCGGUCACUGUUGCCCUUGGAGUCGACUCCCAGGGAGCUAGGGGUCAAGGAGGAACACUUGGGAAAGCUUUUUCCCUUCCUGUUUCCACCAGCAUCAACAAACGUCAAACCGAAGGACAUCAGAGGCCGCUAAACCCACAGUUCUCUGGUCCCAAUCAGAUUCGUCACGGAGGGUUCAAUAGUUUCCAUGUGGAUAGAGUGAGAAGCUCAGUAUCUAAUCCUUUUCUUAACAAACCUGUUCAAAUAAGAAAUGGAGGUUCAACAAGAUUUCACCAAACUGGGUUUUCUGGCCAGUCGUUACAGAAAUCUGAGAGCAACGGUGCUCAGAGCCAACUGUUUAACAGAGUCCUCUCAAACCAGCCCACAUUCCGUCGACAGUUCUUCAACUUCCCCUCAAGUGGACAGGUCGUAAGGGCACAUCCACUUCAGGGUCACAAUGGUCAAUCCUCACAUAUAAUAUUAAACGGCGAUCCUCGCUCUCUGUUUUUAACGGAACGGAACGCAGUAUCGCCAGCUACAAACCGGAUAUCAGUCCGACGAGGCGUCGUCCAAGAAAUUCACCACCAGCCUUCUCUCGGAGGUCAAAAUUCUGGACAAACUGUGUCCUUCAUCCCUCAGAAUACAUUCCAAUCCCAAACCGGUUCUCAAAACUCUCAAAAUUUCUUUCAACGGCCCCAAGGGCAGGCACAAAGACAGUUUAUUCCUCAACAGUCACUUAGAGGUCAACUAUUCUUCCAGCAAACACCUAAGUCACUCCUCCAGCAGACUCAGGACCCAUCUCUAACUACCCUUCAAGUAACGACACCAAACACUUCAGGUCUUCUUCCCCAGAGGCCCCAAAUUGGGUCACCUGUAAGGGUCACAACCCAACAGCUACUUGGGUCAUUUUCACCCCAAGUAACAAAUGCUUUCCGCCAUCCUCAGCUAAUUCAGAAUCCGCAAUCACCUCAGGAUAGGCUGCGAGAUCUGAGUUCUCAGAGAACACAAGCUGAGAUCUUAAUACGUCAGAAUCUCUCUCAGCAACCUCAGGGCCUGUUUCAGCAACAACCUCAGCAACAGUUCCAACAACCUCAGGGCCUGGUCUCUCAACAACCUCAGCAACAGUCCCAACAACCUCAGCAACAGUCCCAACAACCUCAGGGCCUGGUCUCUCAACAACCUCAGCAACAGUCCCAACAACCUCAGCAACAGUUCCAACAACCUCAGGGCCUGGUCUCUCAACAACCUCAGCAACAGUCCCAACAACCUCAGCAACAGUUCCAACAACCUCAGGGCCUGGUCUCUCAACAACCUCAGCAACAGUCCCAACAACCUCAGCAACUGUCCUCUCAACAACUGUCCUCUCAACAACCUCAGCAACAGUCCCAACAGCCUCAGCAACAGUUCUCUCAACAGCUGUCCUCUCAACAACCUCAGCAACAGUCCCAACAACCUCAGCAACUGUCCUCUCAACAACUGUCCUCUCAACAACUGUCCUCUCAACAACCUCAGCAACAGUCCCAACAGCCUCAGCAACAGUUCUCUCAACAGCUGUCCUCUCAACAAUCUCAGCAACAGUCCCAACAACCUCAGCAACUGUCCCAACAACUGUCCUCUCAACAAUCUCAGCAACAGUCUCAACAAUCUCAGCAACAGUCUCAACAACCUCAGCAACAGUUCUCUCAACAACUGUCCUCCCAACAACUGUCCUCUCAACAACCUCAGCAACUGUCCCAACAACUGUCCCAACAACUGUCCUCUCAACAAUCUCAGCAACAGUCCCAACAACCUCAGCAGCUGUCUCAACAGCCUCAGCAUGCGGCACCUGAACAAGGCCACAUACUCCAGGCUGCACAUCUUGGAAGACCCCAAACACUCCAGAGGCAGCCCACACCGCUACCAGCACAUCAACCAACGGCUCAACACCCAGUGUCAACAGUAACUUUGGCACGUCCUGGCUCCUUAUCUGGCUUUGGAGUGCCUCUUCCGGCAGCACCCCGAGUGCCAUCGACGUCGGGGACUCAGCAAUCAAGCUUUGGAGGGCCUCAGCCUUCAGCACCCCAAGUGUUAUCAUUUUCAGGGGCUUCAAGUCAUACUCGGCAGCCCGGGUUUGGAGUGCCUCUUCCAUCAGCACCCCAAGUGUCAUUGUCUUCAUCAGCUCUACGCCAUACUCAGCAGUCCGGAUUUAGAGGUUUGCAGUCUCUAAAAACUCAAACUCAGCAGUCCGGGUUUGCUGAGACUAAGCCUCAGCAAACGGGGACCGGAGUAUUCCUUCACCAAACACGUUCUCAGUCACUUAUUCCAUCACAGGGACGAAACCAGUUUGGCGGCUUCAGCUUCAUUACCGAUAAUUCUAAUGAGCACUUCGACGCGUCUCUGGAGAUUCCCUUCGGAGUUGCUUCCGGAUUAGCGGGCACUUCCGGACGACUGAGCGCUGGAGGUCCGGGAAGCGGGCAUCGUACUGCUCCAGGGAGGAUCAGACUCAUACAUGACAACACGCGUGAGGACUUGACGAAGGAGGAUAAUUCUCGGGAGUUCUUCCUCAGAAGCGGUCGACCCGCCCUCGGAGACCUGACGCAGCACAGGGGCCAAGACACCUCGAGUUUUUCCAGCAGGACUGGUCGAGGCAUAGGCGUUAGCGUGUCCCUGGAGGACCUCACCCUCGAGGACCUCACCCUGGAGGACCUCACCCUCGAGGACCUGACAGUAGAAGAUCAUACAAGUGAACUAUUUGAUGACUAACAGACAUUGUCUCCAAUGUUAAAGUACUCAUUGUCAAGGGUCAAUGUUUAUUAAAACACUGCCUCAUAAUACAAUGUUAUCUUAGGAUGUACACAUAUUUGUAUAAUGUACUUUAAGUAUUUUGUAGAAAUAUGAGCAUAGCAUACCAGAUAACUGUUUGUGUUAGGAGUUUGUUGUAUAGUCUGCGCUGUUUGCCUAAUUUCUUAAUGUAACUUAUUCAUUGUUUCUCAGAAUAUAUGAAUGAUUUUUCCAAAGUCAAUUGCCGUGAACUAGCAGUUCCACUUGUGAAGGACAGCUUGUAACUCUACAUUACUUGUAAUAUUUAUUGUUAUUUAAAGCUGAUAAUAAAGUAAGAAUAUAUUUAUGAAAA